GAGCCCCCACAAAAUGUUGGAGGGCGGGCCGCGCAGCAGCAGUGCAGUGAGUUGUCAAAAAUCUGUUGUGGUGGUGACGCCGAGGGUCCAGAACGCCCACUACGGUAAAUUGAUGUGAAGUUUGACUCGCCAGGGAUUGUUGUUAUAAACGUUGCGAUUGUGGUUGUCCUUUUGAAUUGAGCUGGACGAUAAUGCAGCGCUUUGUCUCACUGCAACUUCGGGCGGCGGACAGGCGCAAGGGCGCGGGCAGUGCAUAGUUAUCCAGUGCGCAAGUGUCAUUCUGCUGGAUUAUCCCAAACAACUGCGUCUCCAACCGCAGCGGGAUGCCUCUGAUCAGCCUGGACGACGACGAGCAGAGAUGGGUCCCGACGCACGUCAACGUGACCGUCCUUCGCGCGAGGGGUCUGCGGACGAAGGGCAAGCAAGGCAGCCGCUACGUUUACACCAUCAUCCAGGUCGGCAAGGAGAAGUACACCACCGGCCUGGUGGAGAAGGCUGAGGAGCCGCAGUGGCACGAGGAAUGCUCGUUUGAGCUGCUGCCCGGGCUGCUGGAGGCGGGUGGGAUGAGCGCGUACCCGCCCGGGAGCAGCAACCUGGUGCUCACCGUGAUGCAUCGCGUGCUGAUCGGGCUGGACGUGUUUCUCGGUCAAACUAUUAUUCCCCUCCACAAAGUUUUUCAAGAUGGAAUGUGUCCCAGAAAUGAGUGA